AUUUUGGGGCGAAUAUGGAACUGUCAAACGAAUUGCAAACCCGUGCACUGUUGCGCCUCACCUAUUUCCAGCAAUCAUCAGCCCCAUUAACGAGUAUGAUUAUCCGCCGCAGGAAAUCCCACAAGUGAACCUCCCUACUGACGCGUUUGGUGAAAAAGUGUUUCGCUUGGUGAAAAUUGAAGUAAAACAAAACUCCACCCAACUGGCACCUGUGCGCUACACCUACCAGCCUAUGCGAAAGAGGACGUCCGCUUGCUUGCUGGUGUCACGUUCCUUGCCGAGUGGCACAUGUUCCUGCGUUGCGAAGAGGAAGUCCCUCCCCCCUUCCCCUGCUCCAGUUGGGACAUUACGAAAAGCAGACCUGCGAUUGUGCCGUUUGGUGGCGGUGGGGUUUGAACUUCCCGGCCUGGUCUGCAAGCCUACGUCAGCGCGCGCUCGUCACGUUACUGUGCCAGACUAGCGUAACCUUUUCCAUCCGGUGUGCUUGGGCGCUAUUUCAACCCAGACGCCAAUACCAAUUGCAAAUGACAAGUACGGCCGACUUGGAUGAGCGGACGGUCCGGGAAGUUUCAGCGGUUAGUAACAAUUAUUGGAGUGCUUCAAAUCGAUGCAAAAUUGAGACACAUUACUGGACUUGCUUCACGAAUCAAAUUGAUUUCGAUUAGUGUUUGUCCAGCAACCGAAAAUUAUAUAACCUUUGCGGCGUCUUUCCACAUGCACGGUCCCUCCCAUCGUUCACCCGAUCCGGGCAUAUGCUAAUUGGCAGAGGUGUUGAUGUGCCUUUGGGCCAGGUCAUUGCCAGUCGAGAUGGAGAAAGAGAUCAUGCAUUCAGCACAGUCAAUGUUAAAACGCAGACCUACCGGAGGGGAGGGAAAAGCAAAAAAGGAUCGUCAAGCCUGAAGAAAAGUGUUGAGCCGCUGAGGCCUUUGCCCGACAGUGUCAUUCCAGCCAAUCCAGCCACCCCAUAGAUGACGACGGUACAAGGUGAUGGACGUGUAGGGGCUAGCUGUAUGCCGGUGGUGGUGGUUACGUUCGUUACGAAACACCGUCGCGAGGGUUUUACACUUCUUCAGGGUCGCGCGAAACAGCUGGACAAACGCUCGAUGUCGCGGCUCGGGGAAGUCACUGACCGGAAAUUGAUUACCCGAAUCGGUUGCGAAUAUCGUAUUCGAAGCAGAAGGUGAGAAAGAGAGAGAGAGAGAGAGAGAGAGAGAGAGAGAGAGAGAGAGGUCAGCGUUCGAACGCGCUGAUGGACCGUGACCGUACAGGCGGAACAGAAAGGAGAAUGAAUAUUUGAAAUGUUUCAGCGCGUUGAUCGUGUGGGAUAGGAUGCCGUUUUUGAAUUUGAUCGUUAUGUCAUGGUCGUAACCGGAUUUGCAAUUCAAAUUUUGAAAGUCCUUAAAUUGGAGAAUCAUUUUACGAUUUUUCGCUAGGACCACGUCUACAGCCUGCAACACACGCGCACCAUGUUACCUUGCCAACGGCUAAUACAGUCGCGUACAUUCAUCAUAGCAACCAGACCUAGGGUAGCGUCCCUGUUUAUACAGUCCCUUCUUUCGAGUAACAAAAUUUAACCCGCAGGAAAAAUAAAUACAAAUCUAAAUACAAAUGAGUGAGCUCGUGGAAUAUAAUCCCGUGGAAGAUGUACAGCAUGACGAGCAUAUUCAUCAUCGAUGUCAUCCGUUGCACCUAUCCUGGGUGUCUGGAUUCAAUCCACGGGUGUCGCUGCUGAACGUCAGUACGUCCCGUGACCGAAAGGAGCUUGUGCUGGCAUCGGGGAAUGCGCUCCUCUUCUACUGCUAUGACGGGGAACGAGAGAAGAUAACGCCAGUGAUUGGGCAUAAAAAUGUUGUCAAUAUGAUUGGAUGUGACGAAAGCGGGCGCUUUGUGGUUAGUUCCGACUGUUCCUACUGCAUCAACAUGUGGGAUAGGCAAGCUGGCGGAGGAGAAAGUCAUCAUCAUCCGAUUGCGAUCAGGACCAUUUUUGAGCCUUUCAAAGCAAAUGGUGACAUUGGAGCAGUUUCACUGAGCUGUGAUGGAAAAUACCUGCUGGCAGGGGGUGGAAUACCCAAUGAGCAGGGUAGUCAGCUGAAGCUAUGGUCCUGGACGGUUGGAAAUGAUUUCCCUGAUGAUUCUAUCACGCUUCCCACUCGUUUGGGACGCAUCAAGGCCAUCCAUUUCUGUCCGGACCGUGGACGUCGCAACCAGUUUGUCGUAACACUGGACAGCGGAGUCGUGUUCGGUGCGUGGGAUUGCAAGGAACAGAAGCUGUCCAUCCAAGUCCCGAAACGGCACGGCUUUCAGGACUACAACGAUACCGUGUUUGUGGAGCGUACGGAUCGGGCAGUAUCGGUGACCGGGGCAGGUAUGGCUGUGCUGUGGAGCAACGAUCGGAAGUUUUCCGACGCACAGGAAGGGGGCGUACAGCGGAAGGAAUUCCUCAAGUAUCUGCACCUGAAGUACGCUUCGAUCAAUGUGGUGCGAUCGUGUGACGAGAAGAUCGUUACCGGAGAUGAUGAUGGCGAGAUUCGCUUCUACGACAACUCUAUGAAGAUAUUGUACUGGUUUAAGCAGGAAGAUCUGGAACCGAUAAGGACACUUUCGUUUGAGCUGGUGGAAACACGCCGAUGGAAACAACCGGCUGAACCGAUCGAAGGAGAUGAUCAAACGCCGAAAGAAGAAUCAACCGAAAAGAAGGUGGUAGUGAACAUCGAGGAUAUCGCACCGAAGGAUGUUUCGUUUGAUGCACGGCCGGUAAUUGUACGCGGGUUUGUGUCGGCAACCAAGUCGGGCAAAAUCUACGACAUCGACAUAGUGUACAACAAAAUACAGGAGCUGUUUCUACAGUCACCCAGUAUCAUUACAGCCUUCGAUGUCCAUUCGGCAAGAUCCGAACUCUGCACUUGCGACGGCAAUGGACGGUUCGUUGUGUAUGAUUUAAAAACGAAAUCGAUGAGAUUAGCGCUCGAUGUACCGAUCCAGCGGACUCGUCGAGGCAGAAUCACCACCCUUGCCUAUUCUCCCUGUGGAACAUUUUUGGCCGGUGGUGCUGAAAAUGGGUUCCUUUGGAUGGUGGAACCUAAUCUGAUGAUACUUGCCGGCAGCAGUCCGCUGCAGUUUACCAGUGAGAAGAUCCGUUUGGUGUUGUUUUCUCUAGACAGCAAACAUUUGGUUUGUGUGGACGAAAGCAAUACAAUCACACUUCUGCAUCGCGAAAAGGACGAUUGGCAAGUGAUGGGAAACUGCGCUAGUCAUAGGCUGGUAGAUCUGGCGUUCCUUAGUGCCACUGAUUUUGUGUCCAUCGGUGAGGAUCGGUACAUGGUACAGUACACCAUAAACACCGAUGAGAUGUUACAACUCGAAGCUGUUUCCAUCGUCAAAAGGAGAAGGAUCGAACAGUCCGCCUUUCCGACGGCACUUCUCGUUUUACCCGGUGGUAAUCAGAUUCUGGUUGCAAAUGAUCAACUAAAGUUCAAGAUGUUCCAUGGCAGAUCCUUCGAGAUAUUGCACACCUUUUUGGCACCCUUUCACGAUGGUCCAGCACGCUGUCUCAGGCAACUUCCUGGUGAAGAUUACUUCCUGUUCAUUACAAACAAUAACAUCUACGUACACCACCUUCCGAUCGACGGAAAUCCGUUCAAAUAUCUGGCAGUUCGAGGACAUCCAAAACGGUUGAAAGGACUGCAAGUUGCUUGGUCGGUAGGAUGUGCCUUCACUUUCGGGGAAGGCGAUCACGCGGUUAGCAUGUGGAAGAUUAACACUAGUCCACUGUUUGAUAAUUUAAAGCAUGCUGGAACGGGCCUAGAUCCUUUCUGUACGCUUCUUCCGGGUGGAAAGAGAGGUUGCUAUGUGCGCGAGAUUUUGAGCCUAUUUUUCUACAACCAAAUCUCACCGAAGAAUAGCGAUGGCGAUGCGGAGCUUACACUCAGAGACGCUAUGAAUGUGCAGGAUGUGCCGAACUAUUUGCGUAGCAUUGGAUUUCACAUGUCCGAGUACGAGGAACAGAACCUUUGCAAAGAGAUGGAGCUUACCGGUACGUACUUUUUGACCUUUGAGGAGGUGUUGAAGCUUUUCCUCAACCAUCGCACAGCUGCUGGUGGUCCACCAACUUCUGAAGAUGUUCGAACAGCGGUAACUUAUAUUGGCGCCACUACAUCAUCCGGUAAAGUAGAUCUGGUACGGCUAAUCACGCUGCUGGCGAGUAUGGGCGAGCCAAUGGAGCCGAAAACAACCGAGGCGUACUGCAGAAUACUUUUCCCCGCCGCCUUUGAAGCGAACGAACAGGACGGUAGUCCAGCACCGGAGUGUGGCACUGGUGAAGAUUGCACUAACUAUAUCGCCAUCGACGAGUUUGCCGAUAGGCUUUGCUGAACUGUCUUUGGGAUGGACAACGAAGGACACAGCGUACGGGGAGCAUUCGUUUUGCGUCAAUCUUUAUUAAUCUUUAUUCAAUGUCAAUUGUCAAUUGUAUACAUGUUUUG